AGCUGUUUUGGUGCAGGAUAUAGCUCCAGGUUUUAUGUCAGAACAGAACCCUACCUCAGCUCUAAGUUCUGGUUCCCCUAACAGACUUGGGGGGUCAUGGUCCAGGCCUCUGGGCGCCAGCAUUCUGCUGGUGACCUGGAUCAGGUGUGUUUUCUCCAUAAGGUUAGAUGAGAUGAAGCACAGUGGAGUUUAACACGUAUGUCGUGGGACUGGAUGCUCAGAAGUGUGAUGGACAUCAGAUCUACCUGCCAAUCAUACCGGUUUUCCAGCUUGGUUAUGACUCAGCUCCUCACGACUGCUGGUUACUCACUUUAUACAAAUAAAGACAAUUUAUUUAGGAAUCUGCUCUGCUUCUUUCUCUGCCAAAGUGUUAAGGCUGCUUCCAGCCCAACAUACAUUCAUCACUUUCUGCAGACGAGUCUGAGUGGCGUGACUUUCAUCUGCAGGUCUGCAGAGCCGUGAAAGAGCGAGCAGACGGGCGGAACAGACGUGAAGCUGCUGCAGAUAAAGAUCUCAGAUGUUCCGUCGCUGAAAACGUUUCCUGGACGCCAUCAGAAGAGGCCUUUAAAUCGGGAGCUUCACGAAAAUACAUAAAUGAGUGAAAAAGGGCGGGAAAAGGGAUUCAAUGAGAUAGAAGAAGAGAAAUGUUUAGAAAUGAGGAAAGAGAAGGGAAACUUGAAAUCAUUUAGUACCUCAUAGGGCGGUUAAGGCUAUGAUAAAGUCAUGCAGGUAGAGAGGUGGCCAGGUUACUGGGGGGUUGGGGGGGAACUUAUUUACCUUAAGUCUUAUCUUCUCAGAAAGUGACAGGAAUUAGUCUGAGCCGAGAACAUUGGAAUAUGUUCUGCAUCAUGUGAUUUACAAGGAUUUUCAGAGUCACGAUUUCUUUUGACUGGAUUCAGUCAAAGUUUGGUGUAAACUCCACUUCCUGUUGUUGUCCUUGGAGAAACACAAAGGAUCUGAUUGCAGCACAGCUGAUCGGCGUCAUUUGUUCAGCAGACAGAGAUCAACACGAGCAGAUGCUGAGCGAGGGUUCAGUACAGUUCAAACACCGCUUCAAACACGUUAAACGAAUGUGAGAUUCAACAUUAAAAGGAUCAAAAAUGCUGAGGGAGCUGAAAACAAACAGACUAUAAAACCCAAACAGCUGUAGAUCAGUCCAAACGUACAAAAAAAAACAUUUCCAACCUAUAAAACUCUGGAUCAAAAUACAAACGGCACACAGGAAAAUUAGGCUUUCCUGUCCUGAAAGAAAGAAAGAAAUUAGCAUGGUAUUUAGCUUUGAGUUGUGGCAGACAGCGCCCCCUGAGGGCAGGAGGGAGAAUGCACCUCUUAGGAGACACGCUUAGAUUUGUUCUCCAAUUUAAAACAGCUGUUUUUUUGGGUCAGAAACUUCCUGUUUGUAAGAAGUAGACCGCUGAAUCAGCAGAUGAUGAAAAGGUUUGCAAGCGACAAAGAAGAGAAAAAAAAAUCCCCAAAACUCAAGAGCGUAGAUUAAUUUUUUACAUAAAGUGUUGUUCCUUUGAUGAGUGUGGAUGUUCAGAUACAGUUUUUGGGGAGCAACAAAAGAAUUUUAGUACAAUUAUUAGGAUAAUUUGAGUUUUUAGCAGCAUUUGAUGGAAAAGCUGCAACUAUUUUAAAUGUUUGAAUUAAAAGCUUCAGAAUAAGCAGAUAACACAUCUGCUUCAUGUCGGGGGGUGGGGCUCAUCUCUGCCUACAGAGUGGAGGUGGAACGGCUGUCAACAUGGUGUUCAACCAACAACCUCCUCCUCAACACAUCAAAGAAAUGAUCAUAGACCACAGGAGGAAGAAUACGGACACACUGCCACUCUUCGUCAGUGGGGGCUGCGUGGAGAGGGGGGCAGACUCCCGCCUCCUGGGGGUCCACAUGGGGGAGAGCCUGACCUGGAGUACGAAUUCCUGAGGUUCAGGAAGAGUAACAUCCCCCAAAGACUGCUGGUGACCUUCCACCGUACCACUGUGGAACGUGGACUAACAUACAUCCUUAAUGCUCUGGUUUCUAACACAUAUGAAGCACUUUUUCUGUAUAAUUUUGAAUAGUAAGUUGUUUUUAAGGCAUGAAUGUUGCACUGACCAGGAGGCACUUUUAAUUUCAUCUGUCUACGAUUUGCAUAAAAAACAUUUACUGCACAUGCUGUAACGUUAGCCUCACUAAUGUAAAACAUAUUUGCAACAGCAUCACGUUUCACACGGGUUCAAAAACGGCCACUUUUAAGGUAAGCUGAGCUCAUCUAGCAUGUUUUACGCUGCUUUGACGUCAUGCUCCGCCUGCACACCAGACCCAGGAUUUCCCUCAACAGCCUAAAGACUUCAGGGACCAUGAACGUUCUUUAAAUGUCCUCAGACUGAGAAGACUUCUGCACUCAAAAGAACCAAUAGGCAGGGAUUUGAUGAGAUUUGAGGUCAAUCCAGAUUUAACCUUUUAUUUGUUCAUAAUGCAAACGUCCUCAUAUUUAUUAAAUAACAAACUGCAUCCACUGCAGCCUGAUAGACAUUUCAUUUGGUUGACUUUACCAUCUUUCACCGUCAAGACAAUUUUUGUAAGUCAAACUAAAAAAAACUGUGAACUUGAAUCUUUUUAUUUCAAAUUCUGUGUGUUUUUAAACUAAAUAUGAGGUUAUGAGGUCAUGAAAUGCCUCCUUCUAAUAAAAUAGUGCUGUAACUCAUAACUGGUUAUGUGAACCUUUGCAAACUUCACUUCAGGGUUUGUGGCGGCCGGUCUUUAGGGACAGGAUGAGGACAUUAACCUUAACAAGCUGGAAGGUGAUGCUUGUGUUCCAACAUCAAAGGUCAUCCAGGUUUUUAAUGUUUAAAGCAGCCCAGAAUUGGGUUUUAGUUGUCAGCUAGGCAUAAAAUGUAACAAAAGAUCAAAAGCAGGGUCCUGUUUACGUUCACACAGAUGUCAGUCAAAAACAGUUUCCUACAUUUGCAUAACCAGAUUCAAUUGGUGGAGGGGUGGAAAAGCUGCUGGUGACUCAGCUCUUCAGGACAGGACAGGUGCAGCGGGGAUAAGACCGAGCAGAGAGGAGCCGUCACUUCCAGACAGAACUUUACCAGAACCGGACUCUAAUUUCUGGGUCUACAGGAGGAUGUUGAUGCUGAAAACGAGGUGAAACCAAAAGCGCUGAGGAAACUUGUCUGACUGGAUUUCUACUUUUUUUAAGGUAAAACAAAAGAAUCCGGACCGGCUUCUGGACGCGGUUUUGAUGCUAAAAUGUGUUUUUUAUAAGGUCCCUGAAAAUGGAAAACAACCUGAGUAUCUCUGAUGAUCAUCAGGAUAAGGACUGCGACGCCACACACCAGGAAAUCUACAAGUUCUUUGCAGGUGUGAUGAUCCUGAUCUUCAUCUUGGCUCUGCCUCUGAACGGAUCUGUCCUCCACCUUUUCAUAUUCAAGCUCAAGUUCUGGAAAUCAAACACCAACAACGUCUUCCUCUUCAACCUGGUGCUGGCCGACAUGCUGCUGCUUUUCUGUCUGCCUAUCAAGUCCUACAACUUCAUAAUGGGGGAGAGGAGGAGCGGGAACGAUGUGACGUGCAAAGCAAUGCUCUUCAUGUUCCUUCUGAACCGGGGCGCCAGCAUCGCCUUCCUCGCCGUCACCUCCAUCGACCGCUACUUUAACGUGGUGCACCCUGGACGGAAGAACCUCCUGAGGGCGCUCAAGAGGUCUCCCCAGAUUUCAGUCCUCAUCUGGCUUUUGCUCCUCCCCCUCACUAUUCCGCCCAUGAUGAAGACCUUUCAGUGCUGCAAAAGCCUGAAGAAUCACGGUGAAAAUGGCACCACAACGAAGGACGUGGUGGACAGCCUCACCGAGGUGGUCUUCUUCACCCAGAUCCUCAUCCCUUUCUCCAUCCUGGUCUACUGCACCGCCCGCAUCGUGAACCGGCUCAGGAGAAAGACGGUUGGGGACAGGACCAAGCUGAAGAGAGCCGUGAUCCUGGUGACCACCGUCAUGGUGGUCUUCUCCCUCUGCUUCCUGCCCUGCACCAUCGCCCGGAUGAUUCUGCUGAUAGUUCGGGUCCAGGACAUGAGCCAGCAGAUCCAGGACCAAGCAGAUGUGGUCUUUGACGGCCUCCUGGUCCUGUCCUACAUGGACUGUCUGCUGGAUCCGCUGGUCUACUGCUUCUCCAGCACCAAGUUCAAGGCUCUGUACCUCUCCACGUAUUUCCCGUUUUUAGUCCAAACGGCAGUGAGGCGAGCAGACGGCUCCAUGAGAAAAUCAGCUCAACCUUUAUCCUGCAAAAGGGAUUCAGUGGUGCUGGACAGCUGAUCUUCAGACGGACCUUCAGGUGGAAACUUCAGGAGGGAUGGAAACCUGGACCUCUCCAGCGCUGAUGAUAAGUUCUGCAGGACUCUGAGGGACCUUUAGAUAAAGUCGGAUGAGUGUUGACGUGUUCUGACGACCCAACCCUUAUGGACAGGAAAUAACCAUAACUACACAUCCAUCAGAUGUCCAACCAUCAGAAGGAAUGGACAGGUCUAUGCUGCUGAUUCUGCUCAGGUCACUGUUCCUCAUCAACAUGUCCCCAUGUUGGUCAUCGGAGGCUGUUUCUGGACAUCCUUCUUUAUUUAUAGACAAACACAGGAGCGUUCUGAUGGGGCGGCGUGCCGCUUCACCGUGGAAAUGUCUCUGCUGAGAAACCCAACGCAGGACAGGAAAAAUGUGUGUUUUCAUGGGAUAUCUGUAAACCAGUCUAACAUUUUUGGAUGUGAAUCUUCUUGACAUGUCUGUUACUAAACAGAAGUCAGAUUGUUUGAUAUAUAAUGUGAUUUAAUUGAUGUUUACUGGAAGUAACAGUAGAUUAAAGUACAUGGAAGAAA